UACGGUAUAGUAAAUUUGGCCACGUCUUCAUAAUCAUUCUGUUUAACUCCGGUGGUUCUCGAGUUUAAGUGAUUUCUAUCCGUCUAUAUCAGGAUCAUAUCGAAAUGGAGCUGUAUUCAACUCUUUUGAUCGGUACAUUUCUUGUUGUGCUUGGUGGUGCGCUAGCACAGGACACUAAGGGACGUGGUUUAGGAGAACAAUAUGAUUGGGUUACCUUUGAAGAUGGAUUGAAGCUAGCCAAAGAGAACAACAAACCUAUGAUGUUGGUCAUUCACAAGACUUGGUGUGGAGCAUGUAAAGCAUUAAAACCCAAGUUUGCUGCCAGUGAAGAAAUACUUAAAUUAAGCAGUGACUUUGUGAUGGUCAACGUAGAGGAUGACGAGGAACCUGAAGGGUCUCAAUUUCAACCCGACGGUGGAUACAUUCCUCGUAUACUCUUUCUAAACUCAGAUGGCGUAGUUCAACCUGACCUAAUCAACACGUUAGGAAAUCCCCAAUACAAGUACUUCUAUUCAAAUGCUCUAAUGGUGACUGAAGCAAUGAAGUCUGCAGUCAAAGCACUAGGAGGAAGCAGAAAUGAUGAGUUGUGACAUGGAUCUCUAGUUUAAACUAUUUACCAUCAAGCAAUAAUGGCAGGUGCCCACUCUUGUGAUGUAAACACUAGGGCCCGAACUCACAAAGGAGGUUUAACUUAACCCAUGGUUACUUUAAACCCUCGUUUACAUAACCCAUGGUUUAAAAAUUAGUGCAAAAUAUUGGACCUCUGUCUGUGUCACGCUUAUGGGUUAUGUAAAUAAAGAUUUAAACCAUGGGUUGAAUUUAAACCUCUUUGUGAAUUUGGGCCUUUAUGAUUUGUCUAUUCAGAGACAGAAAGGUGCUAACUCUUUCUAAAAGUGUAUGACAGGCCUUUUGAUGUCCCUUACUUAUGCUACUUAUCUUGACAAUAAUAAGACGUUUAAAACAUAAUUUGUUCACAAUACGAUAUAAGUCAAGCACAAGUUCAUCAUUUUCUGAUGGUCAGAAUAACAUUACCUCAUAUAAUGUAUACUAUUUAUAUGCGAUGCAGAUAUCGUCCCUUUGCCACAUGUUAGCCAAUGUUAUUCUUUUAUGGGAUAGAUAUAGGCCUACCAAAGGCUUUCAAGAUUAUUGAACUAUGUCCAGUGCAAGAUUAAUCUAUACUGAUAUUAAAAGGGUUGUCAUGGAAAUAAUCAAGACCCUAGUAACGGGUAAUUUUGCAAAACCAUCGUGAUGCACAAUGAAUCGUUUUGUUUAGUAGCGUCUAUCGUUUUGUGCACGUGUGGUAAACAAGUGACCUUGCAGAGAGUUGAAGAAAGCACCCAAAAUGUUAAUGCCUCACUGGCUUUCGAGUGCAAACUUUGUUUGAAGUUUAUUUAGUAUUGUGGUCAAAACAGAUAUAUAUUGUAAUGGUUCGUUCGUUCAUGUCUCCUUAGAUCAAGAUAGUUAUGUAAAGUUCCUUAUUAAAUUAAAUUAAAUUUUAAAUUAAGUUCUUCCAUCGCCCGAUUGCUGCAAUGGCCGUUUCAUUAACAAGGGUCAGGUCUUCAUCUGUAAUAGUGAUUCAUGCCUUUGAAGAUGGUUCAUGGUAUACUUGGUCAAAAAUAAUCGUUUCUUUGAGACCAACAUCAUAGACAUACACACUUUAGCAUUCAACGUCGCAAAGUGGAUACUUAGUUAGAAUAGGAUACUUAGAAAAGGAUUUUAAGAAUGAUAAGAUUUGUUAGGUGCAUGUAAAUGUUAGAAAUAUUCUGUAGCUGAAUUUUAUUAGUUUUUCAUAAAUUUAUAAACAAAAUAAUGAUUGCUUAGUCUAUCGGCCUUUAUAGUUGUAUACUCUAUUAGUAUGGGCCUUUAUAGUUGUAUACUUUUACAGACAAGCGCCUUGGAAUACUCAUAUUUUGAAGUAUUUUGAGGUACUUUGUGGAUUAAUCUGACAGUCCUUGACCCAUACCAAACUUCAUUAUACAUAUAGAGGUGGAAAAUGGUUUGUUUAUAUAUUUUCGUAUGAAAUGCAUGGACUGAGUAAUUACACAAAAUACCUAUAUUAGACUCAUGAUUCUGGGCCCUGUGUUAUAAAACUUUUUCUCCAUAACAAAUGCUAAAUUGCUAUGACAAAUUUACAAAUUUGCUCUCAGCCAAUCAAUGCCACGAGUUCAGUAGCUUAUAAAAGUUAUGGUACCUUGUUACGGAUGACAAGUUUUGUGAAACAGGGCCCUGGUGUCUGGAUAAAAUGUUUUAAUAUCAAUUUAGGGAGAUUCAUAUUUAUCCGAGCUUAUAGUUGGAAUCGCAUUCUUUUUUUCUACAAAAUCAUGGACAGGCAAAUUGGUUCUUGUCAAAUUGUCACAGAUGAUUACUUUUCUAAUUGGUAGAUGGACUAAGCAAAAUACAUUCUCACAAGCUAAACAAGCUUUA